GGACAGUGCGAUAUCGAUAAUCGGAUAAAACGAAACAUCUAUUAGAACCAUCGACCAUCGAAAUCUAAAUUAAUUUAUUACUGUUACUAUUAUUAUAUCGGCCGGUACUUCGAUGAUGUUGGGAUUGAGAAACCUCCUGGGCCAGGGAAGGGCCCUGCACAGAGGCACCAGGUACGGUUUGACGAGAAUCGCGAGUGCUAAACGUUACGCUUCCUCCAGCACUGGUUUGUUCCAUCCACACGUGCAAUUGGUUAACCAAGAUGUAAACAGGCGCACUUUGCAGACAGCAGACAGGAGACAAGCAACAUUUUCAGACAGAAGUCAACUUAAAUAUGCCAAACGUUUGGUAAUAAAAUUAGGAAGCGCCGUCAUCACCAGAGAAGAUGAACAUGGUUUAGCUUUAGGACGUUUGGCAUCAAUUGUUGAACAAGUAGCAGAAUGUCAAAACGGAGGACGAGAAUGCAUCAUGGUCACCAGUGGUGCUGUAGCUUUUGGAAAACAAAAAUUGACCCAGGAGUUGUUGAUGUCCUUGUCAAUGAGAGAAACUCUUUCGCCAAAGGACCACACAAGAGAGGAUGCUGGAACUUUAUUGGAGCCACGUGCAGCAGCAGCAGUCGGUCAGUCUGGUCUUAUGUCACUUUACGAUGCUAUGUUUGCACAAUAUGGAGUCAAAAUAGCUCAAGUCCUCGUAACGAAACCUGAUUUUUACAAUGAGCACACCAGAAAGAAUUUAUUCUGUACAUUGACAGAAUUGAUUAGUUUAAAUAUUGUGCCAAUUAUUAAUACCAAUGAUGCUGUGUCACCACCAAUGUUUAUAGUCGAUGAAGAGGUCUCGGGGGUAGGUUCAAAGAAGGGUAUUAGCAUAAAGGACAAUGACAGUUUAGCAGCUAUGUUAGCCGCAGAAAUUCAAGCCGAUCUUCUAAUUUUAAUGUCAGAUGUCGAUGGGAUAUAUAACAAACCACCUUGGGAAGACGGCGCACGAUUAAUUUCCACAUAUACCUCAGACGAUAGAAAUACCGUCGAAUUCGGAAAAAAAUCCAAGGUAGGAACUGGUGGAAUGGACUCGAAAGUAAAUGCAGCAACAUGGGCCCUAGACCGAGGAGUAAGCGUCGUCAUUUGCAAUGGAAUGCAGGAAAAGGCAAUCAAAACUAUCAUCGGAGGAAGAAAAGUCGGAACGUUUUUCACUGAAUCCGUCUCUGGAGGUUCAGUGCCGGUUGAAGUUAUGGCCGAAAAUGCACGCAUCGGCAGUAGAGUUUUACAAAGUUUGACCCCAGAAGAAAGAGCAGCAUCUGUUAACACGUUAGCGGAAUUGCUGAUAACACGCCAAGCUGAAAUUUUGGAUGCAAAUACGAAAGAUUUAGCAGAAGCAACUCAAUCUGGUUUGGCCAAACCUCUUCUAUCCAGACUUUCUCUAACACCUGCAAAAUUAAAAAGUCUUUCAAUUGGUUUAAAGCAAAUAGCCGAAUCAAGUCAUCAGAAUGUUGGUAGAGUAUUGAGAAGGACGAAACUAGCGGAUAAUCUAGAUUUAACACAAAUUACGGUUCCAAUAGGAGUACUUCUGGUUAUUUUCGAAUCUCGACCUGACUCUCUUCCACAAGUAGCAGCCUUAGCAAUGGCGUCGGCAAACGGAUUACUCUUAAAAGGCGGAAAAGAAGCUGCUCACAGCAACAAAGCUCUGAUGAAUGUUGUGAAAGAAGCUUUAGCAACAGUAGGAGCAACAAACGCAAUUUCUCUAGUAUCUACCCGCGAAGAAAUCAGUGAUUUAUUAUCAAUGGAACAGCAUAUCGAUCUCAUCAUCCCUCGUGGAUCAUCCGAAUUGGUCCGCAACAUACAAUCGCAAUCUCAACAUAUCCCUGUCAUGGGACAUGCUGAAGGAAUUUGUCAUGUUUAUGUUGAUCAACAUGCUGAUCUCGCGAAGGCAUUAAAGAUAAUUAAAGAUUCUAAAUGCGAUUACCCAGCCGCUUGCAACGCCAUGGAAACGCUGCUCAUACAUGAAAGCCUUAUGCAAGGUGACUUCUUCAGCGACGUUUGCAAUAUGUUGAAAAAUGAAGGAGUGAAAAUAAAUUCAGGACCAAAAUUGACACAACUACUCACAUUUGGUCCUCCACCUGCCAAAACCAUGAAACACGAAUACAGUUCAUUAGAAUGCUGCAUAGAAGUUGUCAAGGAUGUCAACGAAGCCAUAAAUCACAUCCACACGUUCGGUAGUGGUCACACAGAUGUUAUAAUUACUGAAAACCGAGAAACAGCGGAAGGUUUCCAGCAGCAAGUCGACAGCGCGUGCGUUUUCCACAACGCCAGUUCGCGGUUUGCAGACGGCUUCCGUUUCGGAUUGGGAGCCGAGGUCGGCAUAUCGACUGCUCGCAUCCACGCCCGCGGCCCAGUCGGCGUCGAAGGCCUAUUGACCACCAAGUGGGUGCUCCGGGGCGAAGACCACGCCGCCAGCGAUUUCGCGGAAGGUGGAACGCGCCGAUGGCUCCACGAAUCACUUCCCAUCAAUUGACAGAAUGAAAUACACAAACCGACAAUCACCCAUCAUCACACUUGCACUUCAUACAUCGUUCGAUACAUCAAAUCUUUAGGCACUCUUAUUUCGAGAAAGAUAUCCUAUUGUAAAUAAAUAAAAGAAGCGCAGGUUGUACCAUAUAAAAACUAUGACGUUGAAUUAUCCAUUAUUCAAUCGACUCCAUCAAUUGGCAUUUAACUG